AUGACAGAGCUCCUAAAACGUGUCUUGGAUAACAACAAACGAGUACAAGAAGCUGCUUGCUCAGCAUUCGCUACAUUAGAGGAGGAAGCCUGCACAGAAUUAGUACCAUACUUAGGACAUAUUCUACAGACAUUAGUGUACGCGUUUAGUAGAUAUCAGCACAAGAACCUAUUAAUAUUAUAUGACGCAAUCGGCACACUAGCCGAUUCAGUGGGACAUCACUUAAACAAACAAGAAUACAUUGACCUUUUGAUGCCACCUCUGAUUACUAAGUGGAAUGUAUUGAAAGACGAAGACAAAGAUCUGUUUCCAUUACUAGAGUGUCUGUCAUCGGUAGCGACAGCAUUACAAUCAGGAUUCCUGCCAUACUGUGAGCCAGUAUUCAGAAGAUGUGUAUCUCUCAUAGAACAGACAUUGAAUCAAAACAUUGCAAACAGUCAAAGCCCUGAACAGUUUGAUGCACCGGACAAAGACUUCAUGAUAGUAGCUUUGGAUCUACUGAGUGGUCUGACCGAAGGGUCUCGAUGGACACAUCAACCACCUUGUACUGAACUCCAAUUUAAUGCAGCUUCUGUUCGUCAGUCAUCGUUCGCGUUACUGGGAGAUCUGACUAAGGCGUGUUUCCAACACGUACUGCCAUAUAUACCAGAAUUCCUGCCCAUCCUAGGAAUGAACCUCAACCCAGAAUUCAUUUCCGUAUGCAACAACGCCACUUGGGCCAUCGGCGAGAUUAGCAUUAAAUUAGGAGCAGAAACCUCAAAAUAUAUACCGCUUGUACUGAACCAUUUAGUGGACAUCAUCAACCGGCCGAACACACCAAAAACUUUACUUGAAAACACAGCGAUAACUAUUGGUCGGCUAGGUUAUGUGUGCCCCCACGACGUCGCACCCGUUUUACAUCAAUUUGUACGCCAGUGGUGUACGUCACUGAGGAAUAUCCGGGACAAUGAUGAGAAGGAUUCAGCGUUCCGCGGCAUCUGUCAGAUGAUACAAGUGAACCCGGCGGGCGUGGUGCCAGACUUUAUGUUCUUCUGUGACGCCGUGGCUUCGUGGACGCAUCCCAAGGACGAUCUGAAGGAAAUGUUCACGAAGAUACUCCACGGGUUCAAAAAUCAAGUCGGAGACGACAACUGGAGGCGCUUCACCGACCAGUUCCCCGUACAGCUCAGCGCCCGCCUCUCAGCUAUGUGCGGGAUAUAG